AUGCGCACAAGUUUGCUUAAAUGGGAUAAGUUUGUACAAAUUCUGUUAAAUGGGUAAAUUGUGUCAAAAAAGUGAAACUAAAAGGUAAAAAAUCGAAUUCACUCUAUAUAUUUCUCUUCAAACUCUAUGUCUUCAUUGCAAAGUUCUCCGAUUAUUAGAUCUAUUUUUGUAAAACAACAUAGUCUUACACAGUGCCUCAAUACGCUACAAUAGCGACGAGGUGUAGUAAAACUGUAGUGGUGGGUGUGAAGCCUGAAUACCAUUAUUUUACUACAAGAUUCUUGAAUUUGUGCAGGAAGUGUGAAGCAUAACACCGUGGACACUAAAGAAUAUUACUGAACGCAGUUUGCUACUCGUCAGUAAAAGUGUCCCAACGAGAAUCCACGACUUAAAUUAGUUUUAUUAAAUCCAACGUGGUAUAUAUUUUCAUAAUAUCUUACAUUUAUGAACGGAGGGAGCGUAAUUUUGUUUGAAUCAAAUGGGCACUAAAAUGUUUUCGUCUCGCAAAUUUCUAAACUAACUAGCCCGUAUUAAGUAUAUUGUACUCUGAAUCCUACUCCUACUCUAGUCCGUACCCGGAGUACCAGUAGAAUUUGUCUGAAACACGAUGUCGAUGCAAGGGCAAAAGGGUCAACCGCCGCCAUCGCCUCCUGCACCACCUGCGAACUGAAUCUCAGACAGCAGCCCUUUUCCCAUCCCCCACGGGUGGCGGCCCGAUUGCGUCACGCACGCCCCGCCGCCGCCAAAAGCGCGUCCAUGGCUUCCGAGGACGCCGAGCAGCUGCCGCUCCUCCACCUGAAGCUCGCCUUCCUCGCCUUGGAGCCCCCCGCCUGCAUCCUCGCCCUCGCCAGAAAAGCUGGUGGAGGUUCUGUCACGCCACACAUUCAAAAUUUUAUUUUGGAGAGUUGUAUUGGCACUAAUGUCGGGCAGAUUCAAGAUUAUACUUAUGUGAAAAUUAUUCUUAAAAAAGUUAUAGCUGAGGCGGAGUUAUCGUCAGAUAUUGUGAUUGAUGGGCUCUAUGAGGAAUUUGCCCGGUGUAUGUCAUCAAAAGCGAAUAAUUCAUCGUUGAAUAUGUCUGGCAAGAUCUGCAAGGAGAUAUCCUUUCUCUCUCCUACAUAUAACAAUGUUUCCUCAAAUCAAGUAAGCUUGGUUGCUCGGCUAUCAUGUUCUACUAACAUGCUAGAAGGUGAUACAGGGUGCUCUCUUUGGCCAUCGAGUUUAUUCUUAUCUGAGUUCAUUCUUUCAUUCCCAAAACUUUUCUCCAAAAAACGUUGCUUUGAGCAGCUAGGUUCUGGUGUUGGUUUGGUUGGUGUAUGCCUUAACUAUGUUGGUGCUUCCAAGGUUAUUCUUACUGAUGGUGAUGCAUCUACACUAAUAAACAUGAAGGCAAACAUGGAAAUGAAUAACUUAUACGCUGAGGACUCUGAACUGGUAAAGGAAAGCAAGAACAAGGUAGAGUGCAAAUAUCUUUCGUGGGAAGAAGCGUCUGAAAGUGAUUUAUGGGACUGCCGUACAGAUCUAGUUCUUGGAGCAGACAUUAUAUACAAUCCAUCCUGCGUGCCACACCUCGUUCGAGUACUUUCUACGCUACUCGGAAGAGAAGAUGGGCGAUGCGAAACCGUCAAUGUUGGUCGCGACGAAGAACCCGUUAAUGAAGUACCUUGGAAUGGCGCAACUCGAGGUCCUCUUGCCUAUAUGGCCACAGUUAUUCGGAAUGCUGACACUUUCAAUUGCUUUGCCAAGGCGGCUGCCGAUGCCAAGUUGUCUGUUGUCAACAUUACUGGUGCUGCGGCUCCUUCGAGUUUUCUCCCUUACAUGCUCUCAUAUGAAAGAUCGAGUGUACAGCUUCUCGAGAUUACAUCGUUAUCAUAAGAUGCUGAUGAGCAUAAUUUCUGAAAUUAUCAUCCAACUUUGAUCUUAGUGACGUCGAUUUUAUUGGAAUGCCAAACAAAAUGUUUUUAUUGUUUCAUGUUUACAGUGAAGGGCUCCCUCUAUGUUCCUUUGUA